AUGGCUCUUCCAAGUUCUAUGUCGGCGACAAGCGCAGGAAAUCCAAGCGAGGGUGGGUGUCCAUGGGCCUUCUUGCGCCCCUUGGAGGAGGGUUUCCCUCGUCCUCAACCCCCUCCAAAGGCAAAAACUUUCGCCUCCAUUCUCUCUGACUCAGUUGAGUCUUCGGUCUCACUUAGCCAACUGCCUGCUCCAGUCAUUCGUGGUGACAAGACAUACGUCAAAAUCAAUGAAGCUCUCUAUCAGGAACAAUUGAAAAACUUCAAAACCAAUCUUAUUGGUAGAUUGCUACUGCGAAAAGGUUCUGUCCCAAUGAAAACUCCCGUUCUCAAGGGCUUGCUUGCUGAUCUAUGGAGGCCGGCAGCUCCUUGGCGCUUGGUCCCGCUUGGGAAGGGGUAUUUUGACAUUCACUUUGGCACCGAAGAGGAUCUGCGACGUGUUUGGGGAGGUGGUACAUGCACCCUUGCCGAUGGGCUCUUUCGACUGGCUCAAUGGAAACCUGACUUUGUGCCUGGUGAUGUCCUUCCACAAACACAUGCCCAACUAUGGGUCAGACUGUAUGGCUUGAGCCAGGACUACUGGCACCCUCAGCAUCUCAUGGAAAUUGCACGUGGAGUGGGUACGCCCUUGCAGUUAGACAGGGCUACGAAGGAGAGGGAGUUUGGGUACUAUGCUCGAGUGCUGGUAGACGUUGAUCUUGCUAGCGAAUUGCCAACGUCGGUAAUGGUUGAGCGUGAGUCACUUUGUUUCCCCAUUGAGAUUAUUUAUGAAAACAAGUGUACUCAUUGCGGUAUGGUUGGGCAUAUGGUGGAUCGUUGUAGACGAUUGCAUGGUGACAACCCAAAGCCUCGCAAUGUUGAGAAACCUUCCACAGUUUCAAGGUCGGUGGUUCGCCAGGAAUAUAGGGUGAAGGAUAAGGAGCAAAGUGACCAAGAUCCUAUACAAGUUUCCAGGAGAAUCAGUGAGCCUUGUGGCAGUGGGAGAGAUGGUAGUCCAGGGGGAGUAGCCACUGAGAGACCAGCAACUCCUAAUAAUGACCCCACGGAGAAUCGGUUCGCCAUUUUGGCUCAAGAAGUCAUUGCGGAGGCUGCCAACGAUUUAAUUGAGCAAUUGGCAGAUCAAGUGUAUCUUGAGCCAAUUAAUCAGUCUUCUGACAUACAGCAUUCAAGCCAGGUUGCGGCUGAGGUUUCGGACGAUGAACAUGAUUCUAGCCCCACCUCCCUAAUAGUGACGAAGGGAGAUGAAGUAGUUGUUCAAGGGAAGGAAGAUGAUAUGACUAUUGUUCUUUCUAAAUCGCAGAGAAAGAAGCAAAAGAAGAAAACGCAUAAGGAAACAGUCCAGGAGCAAGUUUCUGACCGCUAUCCCACCCGCAAUAGGGCUCCCACUCCUCGCCUUAACCUAUGA